AUGGCUGGCGACGCCGACGCUGCUGCGGCUGCGGGCUUCCUCGAAUACCAUGAGCCUCAGGUUCAACAGAUUCUGAUCAUCAUCUCAUUCUUCUUUUUCCUCGCCCUCGCAGAAUGGAUCUCCGACAAAAUCUUCAAGGCCGGCCUCAUCGGCCAAAUGAUCGUCGGUUUGCUAUAUGGCAUGCCCAUUGGCAACGUUAUGCCCAUUGAGUGGCAGGAGACUUUCGUGAGCCUGGGAUACAUCGGGCUCAUUCUGAUCAUCUUUGAAGGCGGCCUGACCGUUCAUCUCGGCCUUCUCAAGGCCAACUUCUUCCUCAGCUUUUGCGCAGCCGCCAUUGGCAUCCUCAUUCCCAUAGGGCUAUGCUUUGCUCUUCUUCACACUGGGUUCGGCUAUGGUGCUGUCGAGACCUUCAUCAUCGGCGCCGCCCUCUCUGUGACAUCGCUCGGUACGACUUUUGUGGUGAUCGGCAGCGCCGCCAAAGGCAUCGAUUUUGCUAAGACAAAGGUCGGAACGGUGCUCAUCAGCGCAGCUGUCGUCAGCGACGUGACAGGCCUCAUCAUGGCCAGCGUCAUCCACAACCUGGGUUCUGUGGCAGACGGAGGCGACGACGUCAACCUCGGAUGGCUCAUUGGUAGGCCGAUCCUCGCGAGUGCCCUCCUCGGCAUCCUGACCCCGCUCGUCGCCAAGUUUGUCGCCGGACCCAUAUUCCGCUGGUAUAUCGAGGACAUCUUCGCGCGAUACAAGCAUACCUCCAACAUUUUCCUCAUGCUCAUCACGCUCUGUGCCUUUGUCAGCAUCGCAGGCUUUGCCGGCGCCUCAGCCCUCUACGGAUCCUUCCUAGCUGGCACUUUCCUCAGCGCCCUGCCAUGCAUCCAUCCAGAUGGGCCCUUCAUGGUCUUUGACCGUGAACAUGGCGAGUCGGACCCCGACAAAACGCCGACCUUUGUUCACACGUUCGAGAAGUACUUUCUCGGCGCGCAGACGUACAUCCUCCAACCCAUGUUCUUUGCGAGCAUCGGCUUCGCCAUCCCUUUCAAGAAGCUUUGGACGGGCGAGGCUAUCUGGCGCGGCGUCGUCUUCACACUUCUCAUGCUCGCUGGCAAGCUCGUCGUCGGCGCUAUCGUUCCCAUCCGCGACUUUGUGGCCGAGAAGCCCAUGCUCCGUCCCCGCGAGCUCGCCUCCUCGACCUGGAAGCCCGCCAUGCUCCUCGGUGUCGCCAUGGUCGCCCGCGGCGAGAUCGGCCUGCUCAUCAUCCAGAUCGGCCUCAACGAGACAGCGUAUCUCUCUGAGGACGCCUUCAUCGUGGCCACGUGGGCCACCGUCUUGAGUACCAUUGUCGGCCCCGUCGUCGUCGGUCUGCUGCUGAAGUGCCAUGGCCAGUCCAUAAGCGACGACCAGCGCUGGGGUCUACAGACGUGCGAUCUCUUUGAGGGCUGGGAUAGUGACGCCAUCACCAUGGAAGAGGGCGGGCGCGGAAGCCGCUGGGCGAGCCGACGACACUCGAGGGCCGUGAGCCGCGCGGCCAGUGAGCGGACCAGGAGCCGGGCUGCAUCAAGAGCCCCUUCGCGGGGUCCCGGUGGAAGUGACGAGGAAGGUGAGCGGAGAAAGUCAGAACUGCUCGACGCCGCAACCCUCGCCAACGCCAUUCGAAAGCGUGCAGCCGCAUCUGACGGCACGAUCAAUGACGAAGGCACGGAGAAGCGGCUGGUGGCGGCAGCCUCGGAGCCCACGAUUAAGCUGCCCGAGCCCGCAGAGGAGGCGGAACAAAAGGCCGACGCGGGGAUCCGCUCCUCGGUGCCGGAUAUUGAGACGCGGCGGGUCACGUACGACACGCCUUUAAGUCCCACGAGGGGCCGUCACAUGGAGAGAUCGGGUGACGGAGAGGAUGAGAAGAAGGAAUAG